CUUUCAGUAGAAUCCGUCGAACCUCCCCCCACAGCUUCUCUGUAAUAGCAACAAUGACGACUCUGCAAUUUUCGUCAUCCAGUUCAGUUCAACUUCCCUCCUCAACUACUACUACUACGCCAUGGUUAAAUUUACAGAAGAAGAGACCCGUUUACUCUAUCGUUCGCUGUGUGUCGACCCGACCCGGUGGGAGGAAGUCGGGUUACGGGUCAUCAUCAUCUGAGGCGCAGGAGCUGGUGACUUUGGUUAUGAGGAAUUUCAGUGAUAAAAAGCCAUUAGUGAGCACUUUGGACAAGUAUGUUAAGUUGGUGAGGACUGAGCAUUGUUUCUUGCUCUUUGAACAACUGGGAAAGACUGAUAAUUGGCUUCAAUGCCUUGAGGUUUUCAGAUGGAUGCAAAAACAACGGUGGUAUAUAGCGGAUAAUGGGGUUUAUUCGAAAUUGAUAUCAGUGAUGGGGAAGAAAGGGCAAAUCAGAAUGGCAAUGUGGCUGUUCUCCGAGAUGCGUAAUAGUGGGUGCCGUCCAGAUACCUCAGUGUACAAUGCAGUAAUUUCGGCUCAUCUCCACUCUCGAGAUAAAUCCAAGGCCUUGACAAAGGCUAUGGGUUACUUUGAGAAGAUGAAGGGAAUGGAGCGUUGUAGUCCAAGUAUUGUUACAUACAACAUCCUUUUGAGAGCUUUUGCUCAGGCAAAAAAUGUUGAGCAGGUAGAUGCUUUGUUGAAAGAUCUGGACGAGAGCAUUGUAACUCCUGAUAUAUUCACAUUUAACGGUCUAAUGGAUGCCUAUGGGAAAAAUGGAAUGAUCAAUGAAAUGGAGCACGUUCUCUCUCGAAUGAAGAGUAAUAAGCUGAAACCAGAUAUCAUUACUUUCAAUAUAUUGAUUGAUUCAUAUGGGAAGAAGCAGGACUUUCAGAAAAUGGAACAAGUUUUUAAAAGCUUGCUUCAAUCAAAGGAAAAACCUACCAUUCCCACUUUUAACUCAAUGAUAACAAACUAUGGAAAAGCGCGACUCAGAGAAAAGUCUGAGUUAGUUCUUGAGAAGAUGAUUGACUUAGGUUAUAAACCAAGUUACAUCACGUAUGAGUGCCUCAUUGUGAUGUAUGGGCAUUGUGACUGUGUCUCGAAAGCAAGAGAACUAUUUGAUAGGGUGAUGGAAUCUGAGAAGGAGAAGAAGGCUUCAACACUGAACUCAAUGCUUGAUGCCUAUUGCAUGAAUGGUUUACCCAUGGAAGCUCACCUUCUCUUUGAGAGUAUUCAUUCAGCCAAAGCUUUCCCCAUAGACUCAUCAACCUAUAAACUUCUAUAUAAGGCCUACACUAAAGCCGAUAUGAAGGAACUUGUACAGAAACUGCUGACCUAUAUGGAUGAAGAUGGGAUCAUCCCCAACAAAAAGUUCUUUCUUGAUUCUUUGGGGGCAUUUGGGUCUGCACCAACAAAUCGAAGGGCAGUUGGUGAUAAUAAAGGAUUGAGCAAGCACAAGGGUCAUAAGUAAAAUGAAAAAAGAAAGUGACUUGGAGUUAGAAAGGUGGUCAAUGCACUCAUUCUCAAACAAAAUGAGAUUCAAGAUGAAGUUUCUUUUGUGAUACACAUUGAGUGGCUCAGUAACAAUUUAUCGAACCGCAAGGACAAUUUUGGUCUCCCAGGUAUUUUUCUUUCUAUUUCUUGUGCUUUAGAUGUUAUUUUCUUUCACACAUCUUGAUGAUUUUUUUCAUCUGUUACUCAAAAUAUUAUAUUAAUAUAUAUGGAUCACUUCGUAAGAGCUAACAGAUGAAUAUGCAUUUGCCAUGAGGGCUUUGUUCUAGUUGUAAGAGCGCAACAUGUGAGUUGCACGUCAUAGGUCCGAACCCUACUUCAAACAAAAUUCUGGUAGUUAAGUGAAAGAAGGGUGGAGGGCGGGCCAUUAUCAACUGAGUUUCGAACUGCAAACCAGUGCCCUACGGGAUUUCUUGGUCAUCGAAACAAAAAAAAAGUGAUAUCAGUGAGGGCCUUUUUGACUAGUAGAGUUAAGCUUGCUUGAUCUUUCUCUUAACAAAGUUAAUCCUUCCAAAAAAGUAGUAGUAGAAGAAGACUCCCUCAUUAGGAUUUAUGACUUGUACUUUUCUUUUCGAGGUUUAUUCAUAAAAGUCCAUGCAGGUACUUUGAAAUCCUGAUUGAGGCUUGCUUACUUAUACAUAAAGAACAACUUCUGAGAAUUUGGAAUUUUUGACUUUCAAGGAAUCCAUACAUUGAUUUUACUCCCACUAACAGCUAAAUAAUUCGUUCUUUCUGAGUUCUCAGUUGAGGAAUUAUGAAGAAUCGAGGUGCUUGUGAGUUCUCAUUUAUGAACUGUCUAGUUGUCAAGUUAGAAUUUUGAACCUGUUGCUUAAGGUAUUCCUCAAUAAGACUAUAUCACAGACAUUCGCAAUGAUAUUCAUGAACUCAAAGAAGUUCUAGAUAUUAUUAGCCCUCCCAUAGUAGUAUAAUUAAUUCCUUCCAGACCAACUCUCUUCCUUGUUGUGAUAGUCAAUUUGUUUUUGAUUGUUGGCCUUGAUUAAGGCGAUGAGAUAUUCUUGACAUGUUGAGCCUAAUUAUUUCCCUCACCACCCCGAUAACCCUUUUUUGUUUCUCUGAUUAUCUAUUGGUUGCUAUAAAUGAUCUGGUAGUUAGCUUGGUGUUCAUGGAUAUUUAUCUGUAUGAAGAAACUAAUGAUGUCAGAGUGAUACUAUUUCCCGUUACAGAUUCAAUAUAAAACAUGGUACAUUCAUAUUGUGAACCUCAUCACCUAUUUCUUCAGAGAAAAGUGGUGCUUGAUACACUCUAGUAGCUAGAGGGUGGUUCAUUCAAAUAUUGGCCUAGAAGUUUGCAUCUCUAGAUUCUCUAACUUCUUCGUUGCAGCAAUGUUAUUGUGUCGCUAACAAUAAGAGAAGGGAGAUUACAUAUCCAAUUUUUUCACUAUUUAUUUUUCUCAUCAAUUGUACAAAAUGCAUCAAUUCUAACUCUUUGACA